AUGGCGGAAUUCAAAGGGCAAAAAAUCCCAGUCUGUUAUGCCUCAUGUUCGAUAGGCCAUGACGAUUCCAAGCACACGCUGCCGGCGAAGCUCGAAGCCAUCGCGAAUGCUGGAUUUAACGCCAUCGAACUCUCCAUGCCCGACAUUCUGGCAUAUGGUCAACUAAUCUCUGAAAGCAAAUCAGAAAUCGACCCCAAAGACUACGCAACACUGCAAUCUGUGGGAAGAGAAGUUGGGAAAUUGUGCGAGAAGCAUGGGUUGAAGGUUUUGAUCUUGCAACCGUUUGCCAACUUCGAAGGCUGGCCCAAUGGAAGCGAAGAGAGGACGGAUGCCUUUGAACGGGCCAAGGGAUGGAUGUCGAUCAUGGAGGCCGUGGGAACGGACAUGCUCCAAGUUGGGUCAUCCGACGCCGAAGGCAUCUCCUCCAGCUUUGACGACAUGGCAUCUGACCUGGCCGAACUUGCAGACAUCUUUGCGGGUAAGGGGUUCAAAAUUGCGUACGAAAAUUGGUGUUGGGGCACGCACGCUAGCACCUGGAAGGAUGUUUGGGAAGUCGUCAAAAGAGCCAACAGACCAAACCUCGGUCUGUGCCUGGACACCUUCCAAAGCGCUGGUGGAGAAUGGGGAAGUCCAACCACGAAAUCAGGCUUGAUCGAAGAUGUGGACAAAAGUGAGCUGGACCGGAGAUGGAAGGCUAGUUGCAAGGAACUCUCCAAAACCGUUCCACCAGAAAAGAUAUUCUUCUUGCAGAUUUCCGACGCAUACCAGGUGGAACCUCCUCUCGCAGACAGGCCGGACGAGAGUGGCCUGAGGCCGCGAGGUCAAUGGAGCCAUGACUAUCGACCCAUUCCGUACGACGGCGGAUAUUUGCCUAUAGAGGACUUCACCGAAGCAGUUUUCAAGACAGGCUUCAGGAACUGGGUGUCGAUGGAAGUUUUCGAUGGCAAAGCGCCGGACAAGUAUGGGGACAACAUGGAGCCUUUUGCACACAAGGCGUUCCGUUCGCUGCAGAAACUUCUGAAGGCGGCCGAAGACACAGAAUGA